ACCCAUAAUUGGCUCAGAUUGUGAAGCUGAGGCACCAUAUAUCAUCUUAUCUCUUCAUUUUUUCUUGAUAUACCAUCCCAAGUUCCCUACCACUCAUUUCUUCAGUGCAUUUGGAGCCAUAAUAUUCAACUUUUUUAGUACACACAUGACUAUGCUUUAUAUAUUAGCCCGAAAGUAUAAGGUAACCUCUUCUCUAGUUGCAGGAUACAGUUGAAAAGAACCAACAAUGGCUUCUCAUGCAGCUCUAGCUCCUUCUAGAAUCCCUGCAAGUACAAGGCUCGCGUCUAAGGCUUCUCAGCAGUACUCCUUUCCUACUCAAUGCUCCUUUAAGAGACUCGACGUAGCUGACUUUUCUGGAUUACGAUCCAGCAACAGCGUGACAUUCACAAGGGAGGCUUCAUUUCAUGAUGUCAUAGCUGCACAGCUAACCACCAAGCCUACAGGAGCAGCACCUGUUAGGGGUGAAACAGUGGCCAAACUUAAGGUGGCAAUCAAUGGAUUUGGACGCAUUGGUAGGAAUUUCCUUAGAUGCUGGCACGGCCGCAAAGACUCACCCCUUGAUGUUGUUGUUGUCAACGACAGUGGAGGUGUCAAGAGUGCAACACACUUGCUCAAGUAUGACUCCAUACUAGGAACCUUCAAAGCCGAUGUGAAAAUUAUUGACAACGAGACCUUUUCCAUCGAUGGCAAGCCUAUCAAGGUUGUCUCUAACAGGGACCCUCUUAAACUUCCUUGGGCUGAACUAGGCAUUGAUAUUGUUAUUGAGGGAACAGGAGUCUUUGUUGAUGGCCCUGGAGCUGGAAAACACAUUCAAGCUGGUGCCAAGAAAGUAAUCAUCACUGCUCCGGCAAAGGGUUCUGAUAUCCCGACCUAUGUUGUUGGGGUAAACGAGAAAGACUAUGGUCACGAUGUUGCAAACAUCAUAAGCAAUGCUUCUUGCACCACCAACUGUCUGGCUCCAUUUGUGAAGGUCUUGGAUGAAGAAUUAGGAAUUGUGAAGGGGACAAUGACCACCACUCACUCCUACACUGGUGACCAGAGGCUGUUGGAUGCUUCUCACAGGGACUUGAGAAGAGCCAGGGCUGCGGCAUUGAACAUAGUCCCAACCAGUACUGGUGCAGCCAAGGCUGUAUCUCUAGUCUUACCCCAACUUAAGGGAAAGCUCAAUGGAAUUGCCCUUCGUGUCCCAACACCUAACGUGUCUGUUGUUGAUCUUGUUGUCAACAUUGAGAAGGUAGGUGUCACAGCUGAGGACGUAAACAAUGCCUUCAGGAAAGCAGCAGCAGGUCCAUUGAAGGGUGUGUUGGAUGUGUGCGACAUCCCCCUCGUGUCAGUUGAUUUCAGGUGUUCUGAUUUCUCAUCUACAAUCGAUUCAUCACUCACUAUGGUAAUGGGUGGUGAUAUGGUUAAGGUCGUUGCUUGGUACGACAAUGAGUGGGGUUACAGCCAACGGGUGGUGGACUUGGCAGACUUGGUAGCAAACAAGUGGCCGGGAUUGGAGGGAUCAGUUGCAAGCGGAGAUCCAUUGGAAGAUUUCUGCAAGGACAACCCUGCUGAUGAGGAGUGCAAACUUUACGAGUAAAAAAAGAUGUGAUCAACUUUACACUUCUUUUUGGUUAUUCUGUAUUUGGCCUAUUACAAGGCUGUACAUUUGAUUUUAUAGCAUCAGCUUCUCAUUUUGUAAAUUGUUGGCAAUUGAACAAACUAUGAGGCUAAUAAAUCUCAGCCACACUACCAGCACUCGGCUUUAUUUAGCUUCGAAUUUGUGUAUACUUUCAUGAAUUCUGAAUGAUAACUUUUGUUGUUGAGUUC